AGCAUCCAGUCGGCCGCUGUCCGCGAACACGACUUGACCGUCCGCGAACACGACUUGACCGCUCGCUCGCCGCUCGCGAUUUCAAAGUAAAACUUCGACCCGGUGCAGUGCGCCGGACCAUGACUAGAGGCUAGUGAUAGUUUCAAAGUUUAUCAACAUCGGCAGAAAUGGCGGACAGUGAGGGUGGAUCGGAGCAGGAUGAUGUCUCCUUCCUUCGAACGGAAGACAUGGUCUGCCUGUCCUGCACGGCCACCGGCGAAAGAGUCUGCCUUGCCGCUGAAGGAUUCGGUAACCGCCAUUGUUUCCUCGAAAACAUCGCUGACAAGAAUAUUCCACCGGAUUUGUCUACCUGUGUUUUUGUCAUCGAGCAAGCUUUGUCAGUACGAGCUCUUCAGGAAUUGGUCACAGCAGCUGGAUCAGAAGAGGAACAGGACUCACUUGGUAAAGGAACUGGUUCAGGACAUAGAACUCUACUGUACGGCAAUGCUAUUCUACUGCGACAUCAAAACAGUGAUAUGUACUUGGCUUGCCUAUCAACAAGUUCAUCCAAUGAUAAACUUUCAUUCGAUGUUGGUCUCCAAGAGCAUUCGCAAGGUGAGGCCUGUUGGUGGACAGUGCACCCCGCCUCCAAACAGAGAUCUGAGGGUGAGAAGGUGCGAGUCGGUGACGACCUCAUCCUUGUCUCAGUUGCCACUGAACGAUACUUGCACACAACAAAAGAGAACGACUUGUCCAUCGUGAAUGCCUCAUUCCAUGUGACUCACUGGUCUGUUCAGCCUUACGGCACCGGAAUCAGUCGCAUGAAAUAUGUCGGUUAUGUGUUUGGUGGCGAUGUGCUCAGGUUUUUUCAUGGUGGUGACGAGUGCCUUACAAUACCAUCAACGUGGAGUGAAGCACCAGGACAGAAUAUAGUAGUAUAUGAGGGUGGCAGUGUGAUGAGUCAAGCCCGUUCAUUAUGGAGACUGGAACUUGCUCGAACAAAGUGGGCGGGUGGCUUCAUCAAUUGGUAUCAUCCUAUGAGAAUACGCCACUUGACAACUGGACGUUACCUUGGAGUCAACGAGAAUAAUGAACUACAUCUUAUCGUGAGAGAUGAAGCUACAACAGCUCUGUCAGCAUUCUGUCUGCGACAGGAGAAGGAUGAUCAGAAGGUCGUGCUUGAAGACAAAGAUCUGGAAGUGAUAGGCGCGCCAAUCAUCAAGUAUGGUGACAGUACUGUUCUCGUUCAACACUCGGAGACUGGAUUGUGGCUCACCUAUAAAUCAUAUGAAACAAAGAAGAAAGGAGUCGGAAAGGUUGAAGAAAAACAAGCCGUUCUCCAUGAGGAAGGAAAGAUGGACGAUGGGUUGGAUUUCUCUCGCAGUCAGGAAGAAGAGUCGAGAACUGCUCGGGUCAUCAGGAAGUGCUCAUCCUUGUUCACUCAAUUCAUCAGGGGUCUAGAAACAUUGCAGGUGAAUAGAAGGCAUUCGUUAUUCUGCGCAACUGUUAAUUUGAAUGAAAUGGUGAUGUGCCUGGAAGAUUUGAUCAACUAUUUUGCUCAGCCUGCUGAUGAUAUGGAACAUGAAGAAAAACAAAAUAGGUUCCGUGCGUUGAGAAAUCGUCAAGAUCUGUUCCAAGAAGAAGGCAUACUGAAUUUGAUUCUGGAAGCAAUCGAUAAAAUAAAUGUGAUAACAUCGCAAGGUUUCCUUGUCAGCUUGGCUGGAGAUGAAUCAGGGCAAAGCUGGGACAUUAUUUCUGGCUACUUGUAUCAACUUCUUGCUGCCAUAAUUAAAGGAAAUCACACCAACUGCGCCCAGUUUGCCAAUUCGAAUCGUCUGAACUGGUUGUUCAGCAGACUGGGCUCACAGGCAUCGAGUGAAGGCACUGGAAUGCUGGAUGUAUUGCAUUGUGUUCUCAUUGAUUCGCCUGAAGCUUUGAAUAUGAUGAGGGAUGAACAUAUCAAAGUUAUCAUUUCUCUUCUGGAGAAACAUGGGAGGGAUCCGAAAGUACUGGACGUGCUGUGCUCACUAUGCGUGGGUAACGGUGUGGCGGUUCGCAGCUCACAAAACAAUAUCUGUGAUUUCCUUCUUCCAGGCAAAAAUCUUCUUCUUCAAACGCAGCUGGUCGAUCAUGUUGCUAGUGUCCGUCCGAAUAUAUUUGUGGGUCGUGUUGUCGGCUCGGCAGUCUACCAGAAGUGGUACUUUGAGGUGACGAUGGACCACAUUGAGCAGACAACACACAUGACGCCGCACUUGAGAAUCGGCUGGGCCAACACUAGUGGAUAUGUGCCUUACCCUGGCGGUGGAGAAAAAUGGGGUGGAAAUGGAGUUGGUGAUGAUCUGUACUCUUAUGGAUUCGAUGGUGCCAACUUAUGGACAGGAGGACGUAAAACCUGUGUUCUUCCGCAUGCAACUGAGCCAUUCAUCAGGAAAGGCGAUGUUAUUGGAGUAUCUCUAGACUUGACAGUGCCAAUCAUUACAUUCUCAUUCAAUGGCUCGCCUAUAAGAGGAUGUUUUAGAGAUUUCAAUUAUGAUGGAAUGUUCUUUCCAGUUCUAAGUUGCUCAUCUAAGCUCAGUUGUCGUUUUCUCCUGGGUGGUGACCAUGGACGUCUGAAGUAUAUCCCACCUGAAGAAUUCUCUCCGCUUGUCGAAAGCUUGCUUCCUCAGCAAGUGCUAUCCAUAGAUCCGUGCUUCUACUUCGGUAACUUGAAUAAAUGUGUGCUGGCCGGGCCAUGGCCAGUUGAGGAUGAUAUGGCCUUUGUGCCAACACCUGUAGAUACAACGAAGGUUACACUGCCGAAUUAUAUUGAGAGUAUACGUGAUAAACUAGCAGAGAACAUACAUGAAAUGUGGGCUAUGAACAAGGUAGAAGCUGGCUGGAUGUUCGGCGAGAAACGCGAUGACAUACGCAAAGUGCACCCAUGCCUCAUCCAGUUUGACCAACUGCCGCCUGCUGAAAAGCGCUACGAUUCACAGCUUGCUGUACAGACUCUCAAAACCAUCCUAGCGCUGGGCUACUACAUAACCAUGGACAAGCCUCCUUCGCGCAUCAAAACGAUUCGCCUUCCGAAUGAGCCGUUCAUGCAGUCGAAUGGCUACAAGCCGGCGCCCCUCGACCUCACCGCCAUAUCGCUCACUCCGAAAAUGGAGGAGCUAGUCGAUCAGCUGGCCGAGAACACACACAACCUUUGGGCCAAGGAGCGAAUCCAACAGGGCUGGACUUAUGGACUCAACGAGGACUCUGAUAUGCUAAGAAGCCCGCAUCUGGUCCCUUACUGUAAAGUUGAUGAAGCUAUAAAGAAGGCCAACAGGGAUACUGCAAGUGAAACGGUCAGAACUCUAUUAGUUUAUGGCUACAAUCUUGAUCCACCUACUGGUGAAGCCCAUGAAGCUCUUCUUGCAGAGGCAAGUCGUCAAAGACAGACUCUCUUCCGAACCUACCGAGCUGAAAAGAACUAUGCUGUAUCAACAGGAAAAUGGUAUUUUGAAUUUGAGAUUCUUACUGCCGGGCCAAUGAGGGUGGGCUGGGCACGAUCAGAUUGUCCUCCGGGAUCGCAGUUGGGAAACGAUGAAUAUUCGUGGGCGUUCGAUGGAUUCAACGUGACAAAGCAGCAUCAUGGUACUAUUGAUUCUUUUGGAAGACGGUACCAAGUAGGAGAUAUGGUGGGCGUGUUCCUUGACUUAUUUGAUAGGACAAUCAGCUUCUCUUUGAAUGGUGAACUGCUCAUGGAUGCUCUUGGAGGAGAAACUUCAUUUGCCGACGUACAAGGUGAAAGCUUUGUUCCUGCUUUUACGCUUGGCGUGGGUCAGAAAGCCAAACUCACAUUCGGGCAAGAUGUCACAGUUUUGAAAUUCUUCACAACAUGCGGUCUUCAAGAAGGAUAUGAACCAUUCUGUGUGAAUAUGAACAGAGCUGUAACAUACUGGUACACGAAAGACCAUCCAAUCUUCGAGAAUACUGAGGACUAUGCUGACUCGCGGAUUGAUGUGACAAGGAUUCCCGCUGGUUCAGACUCUCCACCCUGCCUUAAAAUAAGCCACAACCUGUUCGAGUCUAUGGAGAAGGCCAAUUGGGAGUUCCUCAGACUUUCUCUCCCAGUCAUUUGCCACUCAUCAUUCAUCGAAGAAAGUGAAAAAUUGAAACGAUGGCAGGAGAUUAGAAUUCGCCAGCAUAGGCUGUUAGUGGAAGCAGACCAAACAACGCCAGCACACAUCGAGCAAAUAAUGAAAUCUGGCUUUUCCAUGAGUGAUAUCAAAGGUCUACAUAGAGGCUAUUCAGAGGAUGCCGUGGAGGCAGAUGAGAUGAUGAUGCCUCCACAGAGUACACCGACCCCGAAGGGUAAGAUGGGUCGGCAUCCGUCAAGACCCCCUAGGAAAGGAUCACUGUCCAGAAAUGAGGAUAUGCCCAUGAUUAAUGGAUCUUUAGAACAAAGUAAAAUGAACAGGUCUACCAGUGAGCUGGAUCUCAAUAGAUACAAUGCUGAUUUGCAAAAUGAUAAGGACGACAAGAAGAAAAGAGGGCGCUCUCCGUUCAGGUUCUUCUCACGCAAACGUGAAGCCAGCAAUGAAAGAUCGAAGAAGGCAAAAAGUCCAGAACCGAAUUCGAUGAUGGAAGCUGAUCGAGGACAGAUGGGCAGAAUGCAACCUCAGCACAUGAUGAGGACACCCACUGUCAAAGUUACAGCGCCGGACAUGAAGGUGAUUCCUCCGACCAUACCAGAGCGAUCCAACAUGCCGAAGCAGAUGACUGGAGCGCCUCUCUCUGGCAGUGGAAUAGAAUCGGUUGGCAAUGAAAUAUUCGAUGGCGAAUGCCUCAAGUUGAUCAAUGAAUAUUUCUAUGGUGUGCGCAUUUUCCCCGGUCAAGACCCCACUCAUGUGUAUGUCGGCUGGGUCACAACUCAGUACCACUUUUUCGCCAAUGAGUUCAACCAGUCCAAAGUCAGAAAAGUCACGGUUCACACACUUGACGAGUUCAGUCGAGUCAAUGAGAGUGUUGAUAGGCAGAGCUGUUACAUGGUAAGAUCUGAUGAACUUUUCAAUGAAGUUACAAAUGAUUCGUCGGGAAAAGGAGCUUCUCAGGGAAUGUUCAUUGGCUGUUUUGUGGAUGCUGCCACCGGCUACAUCACUUUCACUUGUGAAGGAAAAGAGACCAGCCACAGAUUCAAGAUGGAGCCGGAAACAAAACUAUUUCCAGCCAUAUUUGUGGAAGCAACAAGUAAAGAAAUCCUCCAAAUUGAACUGGGACGAACCUCAACUACUUUGCCUCUUUCUGCAGCAGUUUUGCAAAAUUCUGAACGUCAUGUCAAUCCUCAGUUUCCACCACGUUUGAAAGUGCAGUGCCUGAAACCGCACCAAUGGGCUAGAGUACCCAACGUGUCACUCCAAGUACAUGCUUUGAAGCUAUCUGAUAUUCGUGGCUGGAGUAUGCUGUGUGAAGAUCCAAUGUCCAUGUUGGCACUGCACAUUCCCGAAGAAGACCGCAGCAUUGAUAUUUUGGAAUUGAUUGAAAUGGAAAAGUUGCUAUCAUUCCACGCACACACGCUAACUCUGUACGCAGCUCUGUGCUUCCAGUCGAACUACCGUGCUGCGCAUACCCUUUGUGCGCACGUUGACGAGAAACAGCUGUUGUACGCCAUUCGCUCCGACUACAUGUCGGGUCCCUUGCGCCAGGGAUUCUACGACCUCCUCAUUGCACUGCAUCUCGAGUCGCAUGCCUACACGAUGGAAGUAUGCAAAAAUGAAUUUAUUAUACCGAUUGGUCAAGAAUUGAGAGAUUUAUAUGAAGAUCCAGAGAUGUGUCACAGUCUAAGGUCCUUGAAAACAGAAUCUGUGCUACCCACAAUGAAGAUGACUGAUAAGGCUGAUGCACCGUCCCCUGGAGAAGUAGUGGACAACAUCAGGAGCUUGUACAGUCCUCAGUUUCCGUUGGAUGGUGUGAGGGACUUCGUAAUGGCGGCUCUCGAUGAAGCAGUUCAAAUAAACCAGCUCCACAACCGAGACCCCGUUGGAGGCUCCAAUGAAAACUACUUCCUGCCACUCUUGAAAUUGGUUGAUCGACUAUUACUGGUUGGAAUGCUGCGCGAUGAAGAUGUUAUGAAGCUGCUUAUAAUGUUCAAUCCAGAAACUUGGGAUACAUCCUUUGAGAAAGAUGGAAAAGAUGAGCACCGUAAAGGAUUACUGAAUAUGAAGAUGGCUGAAGGCGCUAAACUGCAGAUGUGCUACCUGCUGCAUCAUCUUUGUGACAUCCAGCUCCGUCACAGGGUCGAAGCCAUCAUUUCAUUCAGUAUUGAAUUCGUUGGAGAUCUGCAAUCAGACCAGCUUCGGAGAUAUGUUGAGAUCAAACAGUCUGAUUUACCAUCAGCUAUCGCUGCCAAGAAGACAAGAGAGUUUCGUUGUCCUCCCAGAGAACAGAUGAAUGCUAUUCUUGGCUUCAAAAACUUGGAAGAGGGCGAUACCGAGAACUGUCCAUGUGGAGAUGAGCUCAGAGAACGACUGAAUUCUUUCCACGAACAAUUGAUGCAUAAAGUCUCUCUACUAGCGCUCCAGGAACCAUCUGAAGAGGAAGUGUCUGCUGACGAUCUGAAGAAACCCAGUGCCCUUAACCGCCUUUAUAAUUUCAUAAAUGCUGUUAAAGAGCUAGAAGAGACACCUCAGAUAGAAGAAGAACCGGAGAAGAAAACACCUGAAGAAAUCUUCAGAAAAGUUCUGAUAAGUACUAUUGUCAAAUGGGCAGAAGAAACUCAGAUUGAAUCUCCUAAACUUGUCAGAGAAAUGUUCAGUCUUCUGGUGCGCCAGUACGACACUGUUGGAGAGCUGAUUCGUGCAUUGGGAAAGACGUAUGUGAUCAACAGCAAAACGAAGGACGACGCUGCCCUCAUGUGGGUCGGACUCAGUCAGAUUCGUGCCUUGCUGCCGGUGCAGAUGUCCCAAGAGGAAGAAGGCCUCAUGCGUGAGCGCUUAUGGAAACUGGUCAACAAUCACACGUUUUUCCAGCAUCCAGAUUUGAUAAGAGUGCUGCGUGUGCAUGAGAACGUGAUGGCUGUGAUGAUGAACACAUUGGGCAGGAGAGCGCAAGCGCAGUCAGAUGCCCCCCAGGCUGGUCAAGAGGGAGAGCCAUUCGCCAAAGAAAAGGACACAUCUCACGAAAUGGUUGUAGCUUGCUGUAGAUUCCUCUGCUACUUCUGUAGAACAUCUAGACAGAAUCAGAAAGCUAUGUUCGACCACUUCGCAUUUCUACUGGAGAACAGCAACAUCCUCCUGUCUCGUCCUUCGUUGAGGGGCAGUACUCCUCUUGAUGUCGCCUAUUCGUCACUCAUGGAGAACACUGAGCUUGCGCUUGCUCUCAGGGAACACUACUUGGAGAAAAUUGCCAUCUACUUGUCCAGAUGUGGUCUCCAGUCCAACUCGGAACUUGUUGAGAAAGGAUAUCCUGAUCUUGGAUGGGAUCCCGUGGAGGGUGAACGAUACCUCGAUUUUCUACGCUUCUGUGUUUGGGUGAAUGGUGAAAGUGUUGAAGAAAACGCUAACCUGGUUAUCAGGCUACUGAUUAGGAGACCUGAAUGCCUUGGUCCAGCACUGAGAGGUGAAGGAGAGGGCUUGUUGAGAGCAAUUGUUGAUGCUAACAAGAUGUCUGAGAGAAUUGCGGAUAGAAGGAAGGUGAUGGAUGAGCCAGAAGGCACAACAAUGGUGAUGCAUUUCGAACACCCGCUUCCAGAAUCCGAUGACGAUGAAGACUAUAUCGACACCGGAGCUGCUAUUCUUGCCUUCUAUUGUACUUUGGUCGACUUGCUCGGACGCUGUGCUCCUGAUUCUUCUGUUAUUGCUCAGGGUAAGAAUGAGUCAUUGCGAGCUCGAGCCAUCCUGCGAUCGCUGGUGCCUCUGGAGGAUCUUCAGGGUGUCCUCAGUCUCAAAUUCACACUGCAGAACCCUGCAGCGGGCGAGGAGCGACCCAAGAGUGACAUGCCCUCGGGACUCAUUCCUGGCCACAAGCAGAGUGUCGUUCUAUUCUUGGAGAGAGUGUACGGAAUUGAAACUCAAGAGCUGUUCUUCAGGCUGCUGGAAGAAGCGUUCCUUCCCGACCUGAGAGCAGCCACCAUGCUUGACAGGAACGACGGCUCCGAAUCGGACAUGGCUCUAGCCAUGAAUCGCUACAUCGGCAACUCCAUCCUGCCUCUCCUCAUCACUCACUCCAAGUUCUACAACGAAGCAGACAACUACGCCAGCUUAUUGGACGCCACUUUGCACACAGUCUACCGAUUGUCCAAGAACAGAAUGCUCACCAAGGGACAGCGAGAAGCGGUGUCUGACUUCCUUGUAGCUCUUACGUCCUCCAUGCAACCGAGUAUGCUGUUGAAAUUGCUGAGAAAACUGACUGUUGAUGUUUCCAAGCUGACCGAAUACACAACAGUGGCGCUGAGAUUGCUUACUCUGCAUUAUGAUCGCUGCGCCAAAUAUUAUGGAUCUACUGGUGGCCAAGGUCUGUAUGGAUCGUCAAGUGAUGAGGAGAAGCGCCUGACCAUGAUGCUCUUCAGCAACAUUUUCGAUUCCCUCUCCAAAAUGGAUUAUGAUCCUGAACUGUUCGGCAAGGCUCUUCCAUGCUUGACAGCUAUUGGAUGUGCUCUUCCGCCCGAUUAUUCUCUCUCAAAGAACUAUGACGAUGAGCUUUACGGUGCCAGAGACUCGCAAGCUGGUCCAUCAGAUGGUCCAUACAAUCCACAGCCCAUCAAUACUCAGGCGGUUGUCCUCAAUAAUGACUUGAACACAAUAGUUCAGAAAUUCUCAGAACAUUACCACGAUGCAUGGGCAAGUAGAAAGCUUGAGAACGGUUGGACGUAUGGCGAACAAUGGAGUGACUCACAAAAAACUCACCCACGGCUCAAGCCAUACAACAUGCUCAAUGAUUAUGAACGAGAACGUUACAAGGAGCCGGUGAGAGAGUCGAUCAAAGCGUUGCUGGCGAUUGGUUGGACCGUGGAGCACAGUGAGGCAGACGUGCCUCUCACCAGUCGUGGCUCCAUUCGCCGGCAGUCCAAGCCCAAUGCAAUGGUUGAUUCUUCAACGCCUUUCAAUUAUCAUCCGAAUCCGAUUGACAUGACAAACUUGACCUUGAGCAGAGAGAUGCAGAACAUGGCCGAACGCUUGGCUGAAAAUGCACACGACAUUUGGGCUAAGAAGAAAAAGGAAGAACUUAUUACUUGUGGUGGUGGAAUUCAUCCGCAACUUGUUCCAUACGACUUACUGACUGAUAAGGAAAAGAAGAAAGACAGGGAGCGAUCUCAGGAAUUCUUGAAGUAUCUUCAAUAUCAAGGAUACAAGUUGCAUAGAAGAAAAAAGACAAUCAUAAUACUUGUUUGUUUUCAGGUGGUUUUACCAUUAGUGGAGAAAUAUUUCAGCACACAUAGGAACUACUUCAUUGCUGUAGCCACUGCCUCAAAUAAUGUCGGAGCAGCGUCCUUGAAGGAAAAAGAAAUGGUAGCUAGCUUGUUCUGCAAACUAGCAAACCUGCUGAGAUCUCGACUGGCUGCUUUUGGUGCUGAUGUUCGAAUUUCAGUGAAAUGCUUGCAAGUGCUUGUCAAAGGAAUUGAUGCAAAAUCUCUGGUGAAGAACUGUCCGGAAUUCAUUAGAACAUCGAUGCUAACGUUCUUCAAUAAUACAGCUGAUGAUCUGGGGCACACAAUUCAAAACUUACAGGAGGGCAAGUACAGUCAUCUACGUGGAGCACAUCUUAAGACCUCGACCUCUCUAUUCUACAUCAAUGAUGUCAUUCUUCCAGUUUUGACCGCUAUGUUCGAUCAUUUGGCGGCAUGUGAAUAUGGCGGCGACUUGUUAUUGGAUGAAAUUCAAGUAGCCUCCUAUAAAAUGCUUGGCAGUUUGUACACAUUAGGAAUCGAUGCCACGCUAACUCAUGACAGGAAAUACUUGAAGACUGAAAUUGAAAGACAUCGUCCUCAACUUGGAAGCUGUUUGGGAGCAUUUGCUUCAACCUUCCCGGUUGCGUUCCUAGAGCCACAUUUGAACAAACACAACCAAUUUUCUCUCGUCAAUCGUAUUGCUGACCAUUCUUUAGAAGCUCAAGAUAUUCUUUCUCGUAUGGAAAGCACAAUGCCAACUUUGGACAACAUUUUGAGUGAGGUUGACCAGUUUGUGGAGUCUGAUAAGACGCAUAACGAUGCACCCCAUAUCAUUGAUGUGAUAAUGCCAAUGCUGUGCUCUUAUCUACCUGUUUGGUGGAAUCAAGGACCUGAUAAUGUUGCACUCACUGCCGGAAAUUACGUGACAAUGGUAACCAGUGAACAUAUGAAUCAACUUUUGAAGAAUGUACUCAAAAUGAUCAAGAAAAAUAUUGGAAAUGAGAGUGCUCCAUGGAUGACAAGGAUAGCAGCUUAUACGCAACAAAUCAUAAUCAAUUCCUCGGAAGAGUUGCUGAAAGAUCCAUUCCUGCCAUUAGCUGAGCGCGUGAAGAAAAGGACUGACGCCAUGUUCCAUAAGGAGGAAUCACUCAGAGGAUUCAUCAAAUCGGCUUCUGAUGACACCUCUCAGAUUGAAGCACAAAUUCAAGAAGACUGGCAACUUCUAGUGAGAGAUAUCUACUCAUUCUAUCCACUUCUCAUCAAGUAUGUAGAUUUGCAAAGGAAUCAUUGGUUGAGAAAUAAUAUUUCUGAAGCCGAAGACUUGUAUAAUCAUGUAGCUGAGAUCUUCAAUACGUGGUCGAAGUCUCAGUACUUCCUGAAAGAGGAGCAGAACUUUAUUUCAGCGAAUGAGAUUGACAACAUGGUUCUGAUAAUGCCGACGGCUACAAGGAGGAAUGCAGUCGUUAGCGACAGUGCCGCUCCUCCGGGAGGCAGUGGAAAGAAAAAGAAGAAGAACAGGGAGAAAAAGAGAGACAAGGACAAGGAACUUCAAGCCAGUCUGAUGGUUGCUUGUUUGAAAAGGCUUCUUCCGGUUGGCUUGAAUCUGUUUGCUGGUCGGGAACAAGAACUGGUCCAGCAUUGUAAAGAUAGAUUCCUAAAGAAAAUGCAAGAAUACGAAAUAGUGGAGUUCGCGAAGACUCAGCUGACCCUGCCUGACAAACUGGACCCGGGCGAUGAGAUGUCGUGGCAGCACUACCUCUACUCCACUCUGGGCAGCAAGAAGGAGAUCACCGAAGGCGGCAAGCCGGAGCAGAUAGACGCAGUCGUCGACCGUAUCGUCGCUAUGGCUAAAGUGCUCUUUGGUCUCCAUAUGGUAUGGCCUGCUUCUUCCGCCCACGAGUCGGGUUGGAGGCGUGUGUUGUCCGCCGCACGCAAGCGAGCCGCCAUCGCCUGUCUGCGUACUCAGCCGCUCUACACGCUCAAAAGGCAUAAAGCUAUUAACAUAUUCGCUCGAUCGUACUACGAGUUAUGGCUGACUGAAGAGAAUGUUGGAACCGAAGUUCUAAUUGAAGAUUUGACACAAUCGUUUGAAGAUGCUGAACUGAAGAAAACCGAUGAAGAAGUGGAUGAAGGCAAGUCGGACCCGCUGACGCAGCUGGUGACGACAUUCUGCCGGGGAGCGAUGACCGAGCGAGCCGGUGCACUCCAGGAAGAUCCUCUCUACAUGUCGUACGCCGAAAUUGCUGCCAAAUCUUGUGGAGAAGAGGAAGAAGAAGGUGGUGAUGAAGAGGAAGGAGGAGAAGGAGAAGAGCAGGGUGCCUCAAUACACGAACAAGAAAUGGAGAAGCAGAAGCUGCUCUUCCAUCAAUCAAGACUGGCCAACAGAGGAGUGGCGGAGAUGGUGUUAUUGCACAUUUCCGCCUGCAAUGGCGUUCCCAGUGACAUGGUUGAGAAAACACUUCAACUUGGAAUAUCCAUACUCCGAGGUGGUAACAUCGAUAUUCAAAUGGGAAUGCUGAAUCAUCUAAAGGAGAAGAAAGAUGUAGGAUUCUUCACAUCGAUUGCUGGAUUGAUGAACUCUUGCAGUGUACUGGACUUGGACGCGUUUGAGCGCAACACAAAGGCAGAGGGUCUGGGCGUCGGGUCAGAUGGUGCGGCCGGAGAGAAGAACAUGCAUGAUGCCGAGUUCACCUGCACACUCUUCCGGUUCAUCCAGCUCACUUGUGAAGGGCACAAUCUCGAAUGGCAAAACUAUUUGAGGACACAGGCUGGAAAUACUACAACCGUCAACGUUGUCAUCUGUACAGUAGAUUAUCUUCUGAGGUUGCAGGAAUCAAUCAUGGACUUCUAUUGGCAUUACUCGAGCAAAGAACUGAUUGACCCAGCAGGAAAAGCCAAUUUUUUCAAAGCUAUAGGAGUUGCAAGUCAGGUUUUCAAUACAUUGUCUGAGGUUAUUCAAGGUCCAUGUACUCAGAACCAGCAAGCUUUGGCUCAUUCCAGAUUGUGGGAUGCUGUUGGUGGUUUCCUAUUCCUCUUCUCUCAUAUGCAAGAUAAACUAUCAAAGCAUUCAAGUCAAGUUGACCUUCUCAAGGAACUACUCAAUCUCCAAAAAGACAUGAUUACCAUGAUGUUGUCUAUGCUUGAAGGUAAUGUUGUGAAUGGUACCAUUGGAAAGCAGAUGGUUGAUACUCUGGUUGAAUCGGCUUCAAAUGUUGAGUUGAUUUUGAAGUACUUCGAUAUGUUCCUGAAACUGAAAGACAUGACAGAAUCGCCGAGCUUCUUGGAAAUCGAUCCGAAUCACGAUGGUUGGGUUUUGCCCAAAGAUUUUAAAGAAAAAAUGGAACAGCAGAAGAGUUAUACACCAGAGGAAAUAAGUUUCAUGCUUCAGUGUUGUGAGACCAAUCAUGACGGCAAGUUGGAUUACGUUGGUUUCGUUGACAGAUUCCAUGAACCAUCCAAAGAAAUCGGUUUCAAUCUGGCUGUACUCCUAACAAACCUUUCCGAGCACAUGCCCAACGAACCCAGGUUGGCAAGAUUCUUGGAAACAGCAGGCAGUGUGUUGAAUUACUUUGAACCAUUCCUAGGACGUAUAGAAAUUAUGGGCAGCAGUAAACGAAUAGAAAGAGUCUAUUUCGAAAUCAAGGAGUCUAAUAUUGAGCAGUGGGAAAAGCCCCAAAUUAAAGAAUCGAAGAGAGCGUUCUUCUACUCGAUAGUGACUGAAGGUGGUGACAAAGAAAAGCUGGAGGCGUUCGUAAAUUUCUGCGAGGACGCCAUCUUUGAAAUGACGCACGCCAGCGGCUUGAUGUCCGUCGAUGAUGAUUCGGGGGGUGGAGGGGGCAAAGCGCGCAAAGCUGCCUACACCUACAUCUCCGAAGAAGACGAAGAAAAGAAUGCCAAGGAUCCUAUCAGGAGGACGGUUCAAGCUUUCAAGGAUGCACUCUAUUUCAUUCUGACAAUGCUGUCUCCGUCAAACAUCAAGGCGAAAAUAAAUGAAAUGCAGCAGAUGAGCGUACCGGAAUUAGUUGUCGGAUUCUUCAAAAUAUUCUUCUAUAUGUUCUAUUAUUCGGGAGUUAGUGUUUCCGUUGUUCUUAGGUACUUUGGACGGAUAUUGAUGACAUUGAUGAGAGGACCGCAGACUGAAGAGCCAGUGGAAGAAGUGAAGAAGGACGAUGAGAUGAUGGGACCGAUGAGAGCUCUGCCGCCGCCUCUGCCCAAAGAAGAUGCAAAAGAAGCGUCUGCCUCUACUGAAGCCAAGGAUGACAGUGGCCAAGCGAAAUCUGGCGACGGCGGUGCUACAUUGGCACUGACUGCUGGCGGAGAGGCGCACAAGGAGGGAGGUUCGGCCGAGAAGGGAGCGGAGGACGGAUCCAAGCCAGAGGGCGCCGAAGCUGAAGGCACGCACCCUAGCAUCACUCUUGCUGAUCUUUUGGGAGGUGAAGCAGCUCGCAAAGAAGCAGUGGCCAGAGCCGAAGUAGCAGCUGAACAGCAAGCUGUGAUGGCAGCUGUAGAAGCAGAAGCCAAACACGAUGUCGUUGCAGAACCAUCUGCCUUUUCACAGAUUGAUUUCAAUGGAUACACACAUCGGGCUGUGAGUUUUCUGGCCAGGAACUUCUACAACCUCAAGUACGUUGCGCUGGUUCUUGCUUUCUGUAUCAACUUCAUCCUGCUGUUCUAUAAGGUUACGACUCUGGGCGAAGAUGAGGACGGCGGAGGUGGUAGUGGCGAACUGGGCGGGCUGGCCGACGACCUGAUGGAGGAGCUUGGAGGCGGCGCAUCCGGCGAGGAAGGCGGCGGGAUGAGUGGCGGCCUGAGCGGGGGCGGCGACAGUGGUGAGGACGGGGGCAGUGGUGAAGAGGAGGACCCCAUUGAGCUGGUGCAUGUCAACGAGGACUUCUUCUACAUGGCGCAUGUCAUGAAGAUCGCAGCCAUGCUCCACUCACUCGUGUCUCUAGCCAUGCUCAUCGCUUACUAUCAUCUCAAGGUACCACUGGCCAUAUUCAAACGUGAGAAAGAAAUAGCUAGACGUCUGGAGUUUGAUGGACUGUACAUAGCCGAGCAGCCUGAAGAUGAUGAUAUUAAAUCACAUUGGGAUAAAUUGGUCAUAUCAGCUAAAUCUUUCCCUGUCAAUUAUUGGGAUAAAUUUGUGAAGAAGAAGGUCAGGCAAAAGUAUAGUGAAACGUACGACUUUGAUUCAAUAAGCACACUACUGGGUAUGGAAAAGACAUCGUUCAGCUCUCAAGAGACCGAAGAAGGAACUGGAAUCAUCAACUUUAUAUUGAAUAUCGAUUGGCGCUAUCAAGUCUGGAAAGCUGGCGUGACAAUAACGGACAAUGCAUUCUUAUACAGUUUAUGGUAUUUCAUAUUCUCUAUCCUUGGAAACUUCAAUAAUUUCUUCUUCGCUGCCCAUUUGCUGGAUGUUGCUGUUGGAUUUAAAACGUUGAGAACGAUCUUGCAGUCUGUAACUCACAAUGGAAAACAGUUGGUCUUGACAGUGAUGCUUCUCACAAUCAUUGUGUACAUCUACACGGUCAUCGCCUUCAACUUCUUCCGCAAAUUCUACGUCCAAGAAGAAGAUGAAGAAGUUGAUAAAAAGUGUCACGAUAUGUUAACAUGUUUCGUAUUCCACUUGUACAAAGGAGUGAGAGCUGGUGGAGGCAUUGGAGAUGAAAUCGAGCCACCCGAUGGCGAUGACUAUGAAGUCUAUCGCAUCAUGUUCGACAUCACUUUCUUCUUCUUUGUCAUUGUUAUCCUGCUGGCCAUCAUUCAGGGUUUGAUCAUUGACGCCUUUGGUGAGCUGAGAGAUCAGUUGGAAAGCGUGAAGGAGGACAUGGAGUCCAACUGCUUCAUUUGCGGCAUUGGCAAAGACUACUUUGAUAAAGUGCCGCAUGGCUUCGACACUCAUGUACAGCAAGAGCAUAAUCUUGCUAAUUACAUGUUUUUCCUCAUGCAUCUAAUCAACAAGCCAGACACAGAGUACACUGGUCAAGAAACGUAUGUGUGGAAUAUGUACCAACAGAGGUGCUGGGACUUCUUUCCAGUUGGUGACUGCUUCCGUAAACAAUAUGAAGACGAAUUGGGUGGUGGCGGUGGCUAACGAGCAAGUCACCCGUCACCUUAUCGAAUUAACCAAUUUCCUCUUGAAAACUACCACUCUAAAUGGACCUAAUUUGAAUAUUUUUCUAAAAAAAUUGAAUUGCAAUUAAUUAUGAAUUUCUUCAUUCACUCAAAUCUACGGUAUUCAAAAAAUAAUGAAGUUCGUCAUAUUUACUAUAUCUGCGUGUUUUUGCAGUUCUUUGUAAAAGUAGAACUACUUUGAAUCACAUAUCUUGAAACUGUAUUGAUUGCGAGCAGCGUUAACAAUUCUGAAUUUAAAUCAUUGGAAAAUUAACAAUAAUAAAGAUUGUAUAAAUCAAAUUAUGUUCGUACCAAAUUUUAUUAAAACUUUGACUGUAA